AAAAAUAGCUGCAUGCAGUCUGGUGCCCUGACCUACCGACCGUGAUAAUUUAUCCUUUAUUACAACGGGGAACCGGCGAAUUUGGCAUACACAAAAAACACGUGCAGGAUCUUGCCGUCAACUUUUCGGCGCGGUUGUUUAGAAAAAAAAAGUGGCAUUUUGUAUCGGGAAAAAUACAAGCCCUUUCUCUCUUUUGAAAUCAUCACAUGUAGCUGUAACUUCUUUGGCCACUGCAUGCAGCUAGAGAGGCAUGUCCCUGGGCGGAGAACGUGUAAAACUGGCAAGGAACGCUGCACCGACAACUGACAGUGACAGCAGUGGUGAUGAUGGCAGGCGCAGGCCUGCCGUGUUUGGCGGGUCAACCAACCCGAGCCUGCACGCCUGCGGUCCAUCCGACUCGGACAGCGGACCCUGGCAACACAAAGCAGAUUUUGACUUCUUGAGACUCGGUCCCCGACCGCAUCCACCUUCUCUAGCCAAAAAAGACGAGACCCAACUCCAAGACUUGAAGUUAGAUAAAGAAGAAGCAGGUGAUAGUCAUUACGUCCAAAAGACGGCAGUCCAGAUGACAGCUUUGAGCAGCAUUGUUAACAGAGGGGACAAAGCCCUGGAUGAGGUGUCAGCAGAGAAAGACGAUGACAUUCUGUCCAUAAUGUGUGAUGACAAUGACGACAGUGACAUCUUCGGAGAUGACACAGUUGAAACAAAGAGAGACUGGAGCUCUGAAUCCAGAUUUGGUAAUAAGCGGAAACAAGAUUCUCCAAGCAUCUCAAGCCCUGCAAACAUCAAAAGAAGUCGCUCUUUGUCCAAAACUCCUCCAGAAAGUGAAAGAUCUCGAGCUGGCUCAGUGCACAGUCGCCUUGGAAGAUCCCAACGUCACCAGAGUGACCGUGACUUGCAGAGACUGUGCUUCAACUUCACCAAAAACGGCAACUGCUUCCGUCCAUUCUGCCCAUUUCUCCACCUGAAUCCACUGACCAUGGAAAAUGGUACAGUCCACAACAGACGUGAAAGAGUUAGGAAUGGUGACGUCGUUAUGGACCACUCGGCAUCCCCGCACCAUCUGCAGAAACUGCAGCAGCAAGUGCAGGAGCUGCAGAUGAAAGCACAGCAGCAGAAGACAGACCUGCAGUCGCUGACGCACAACAUGCAGCAGAUUGAGAUAGGCCUGAAACAUCAUGCCACCCAACAAGCUGAUCAGGUGUUUGAGCAGAUGCAAGGACAGCUUCACCAUCAGCAACAGCAGCAUCAAGCCCAGCUGGAUCAGACAAAGCAGAUGUACGGACAGAUCAGCCAAGCCCAGGACAGGAUGGAGGAACGUGAAAGGCUCCUAGGCAGUCUCUGCAUGUUGCUGCAGCUGGUGCUGAAACACCACCUGGAGAACAUCACGCCAAGCAGAACCAGCAACACUCACAGCAGCAGUACAAGCAGGAUUGCACAGUUGGAAAAUGGCAACAUGCUACACGGGCCCCUGUUGCAUGAUUUGCGACAGCUUUUACCUGAGAAUAAGCCUGACGCUGAUUGUCCCCCGCAGCCUAGAUCAGCUGAUUAUGAGAAUCAGCGGCGCGUGACAAGAGAUUUGUGGCGCUCACUGUAUGAAGGGCAUCCCCGUCGGCCCCAAUCGGCUGAUACUUUAAAUCGCUCCAGCCACCAGCCGGCCUGCUAUGCCCGUGGCCCUUCCCAUGCAGGGAUACCCUCCCAGGAUCCUCAGAAUGAGUGGCCGACCAGUCGCCAGCAUGACUGGUACUUUGGCCCCACCUACAACUGUGCUCCAUUGAUGGGCAACUCGCAGAUUCCCAUCAGUCAGCCAUAUUGCCAUGUGGCUGGUAACCCAGGGAUCGUGCGCCUCUUGCCAGUACGUCACAGUGCAGAUUCGGCUUUUGACGCGUACCCACGUGAGCGUGCACCAGUGCAACCUCGCUAGUAUCUCAAAAAUCGCAGAAUUCUAUCCAAAAUACAUCCUGUUAAAACGUGAAACACAACAAGCAAGGAUGCUUUGCCAGGGUAAAAUAAAAAGGCACUUACAUUUUUUUUGGAUUAUCGUCACUUGAAAGGAGCCUGUUCCUGAUACAACAUAUGCUGCAAAACAGUUUUCUAUUUAAAGCAAAAUCAGAGCACAAGUUCUUGAUUCUGCUUAUAAUGGACAAAAUUUGGUGCUUACCACAUCAGCACAGCUUCAUUAGCUAAGCACAACUUCUUGCUACUCUGUAGAAGACUUUGUCUUGGUAGAAAGCGGAGAUCACUUGUUUAAAGUGUGCAGAGUCAUACAAUUGGACAGUUAUUUUAAGAGUUCACUAAGCUGAAAAAGAGAGAUUAUAUAAAAGAACUGGAAGAUCUUUUUCUUAAUUGCUGAUAUUGCCCAUAUAUUUCUGGGGGGGUAAAAAAAACCUAGGACUUUUUGGUUUGAGUUUUUUCUUCUAUUCUGGCCACAUUUAAGUUGGGCGGAACAAUUGUUUGAAAUCUUUUAUCUACAUUAUGGUAAACAGAAAUUCCAAAAAGGAAGUUGUUUUGAUACAAGUAUUUUUGUACUUUGAUUCACCAAACUCUUCAUAGUAGUACACUUAUGUGAUUUACAUAUAUUUUCAGUACUUAAUUAACAAAAUAUUUCCAUUUUGACCUUUUUUAACAAAUACAGAUUUGGUGAUUUAUAUACCGAUAUUUUUUUAGAUUUAAACAGCAUAAAAAACAUAGACAAGUAACGAAGAAGUGUAUGUUUUUGUUUGAGUGCGAAGAUAGUGCUUGAGAUGUUUAACGUUUGAGCGUAGACUAUCAUAUGUUUUUCCAAAUGUGGGGAAAAAAUUAUGCUUCAUUAUGCUUUACAUAUUAUUACUGCAAGUUUUAUGCAGUGACAAGAAAAUGAAAAGUUGUUACUUUUUUUUAAUUGCCAACGAUAGAAUAUCUGUUAUUUAUGGCAACAAGCCAAGUUGUUUCCUUUUACAGUGGGAAUAUUUUAGUAAAUCUGAUAUCUUAAUGAAUAUAUUUUAAAAGAUGACAAAAGAGUUGAUUUUUAGUAAGAAUAAAUAUUUAAAAAAUUGGAAUACUUCAAGAGUUCAAAAAAUGAUUUCUUAAUCGUGCAUUACUACGUUAAAUCUGAUAUUUCUUGCCAUUUAUAUCUGUCCUUUAAUCAAACCUAGUUGAACUGCCAUGUCUGCAUUAUUUGUUUCUAUUUCCAUAUAUUUAUUCCCAGUAUUAUAUUUUUGCAGUAGAUAGUUUUGUGAUUUUAGCUAAAGGGUAGAAUUUAAUGCACACAUGUUUGAGUUUGAAGCGUUUUCAUCAGUUUUGAUUCAGUCAGGUUUUUUUCAAAUACUUUUCUUCCAGACUUAAGUAACAGAGCAGCAAAUUCUCCAAAGGAAUAUUUCUCUAAAAGUCUGGCUAAUGUGACAUAUUUUGUUUAUAUGUACACUUAAGUUUGUAGUAAUGGAAUUGUCUUGAUAGGUAUACUAUGUUUUGUUGGUUUAAUAUAAGACGUUGCAGAUGCAACCAUAAUUAGGUUUUUGAUUUAACAAAGUGCCAAAGAGAUGAAAACAAAUAUGUGUUUGUUUUCUAUUUGCCAUAUUUUGUUCGGGUAUUAUACUUUGCAUGAACCAAGAGUUGCAAUAAUGCAUAUAUUUUUUUCUACAGAAGAUAUAUUUGUUUCAAGAAGUUUUAUUUGUUACAAAAAUUGUUUUUGUUUGUUGUGUUUAAAAAUGUUAUGGAUAAGGAAAAUGAAAAAAAUGUGUUUGACUUUUUGAAAGGUUUCAAUAAAAUGAAAGACACAUUGAUGUUUGUGC